UUCUCAAUCUCCGCCAUCUUCGGGCUGACUCGGACAUGGCCGAUUACUCCAGUGUAGCACCGCCGACAUCCAGCGCCGGAGGAGGCAUGAACGACGCGUUUAAAGACGCGCUUCAGCGGGCGAGACAGAUAGCAGCAAAAAUCGGAGGCGACGGCGUUGCCCCUGCCCCUUCCUCCAAUGAGUUCGGAUAUGGAGGCCAGAAAAGGCCUCUUGAGGACGCCGGUACUUUUGGGACAGGAUUCGGUUUACAUGGGGAUGGAGGCGUUCUUUUACCAGAGGAAGUCUACCAGCCAGAAACGAAGAAAGUUGCUCCAAAUGACCCUUUUGCUGCUGUAAAGGGCGGAAUGGGUGGUCUUCCAAGGCCUACCUCGGAAGAGUUCAAGGUUCCAGAUGGCAUGGUUGGCUUUAUUAUCGGUAGAGGAGGAGAGCAGAUAUCAAGGGUACAGCAGGAAUCAGGAUGCAAGAUACAGAUAGCUCCAGAUAGCGGUGGUAUGCCUGAUAGAUCAGUGACGUUAACAGGCUCUCCAGAUUCAAUCCAGACUGCGAAAAGGUUACUGACGGAGAUUGUAGAGAAAGGCAGACCCACCCCAUCGUUUCAUCAUAACGAUGGUCCAGGAUCGUCAGUUCAGGAAAUAAUGGUCCCUGCGUCCAAAGCAGGCUUGGUCAUUGGCAAGGGAGGAGAAACCAUCAAGCAGCUGCAGGAACGUGCUGGAGUCAAGAUGGUGAUGAUUCAAGAUGGACCGCAAAACACAGGGGCAGAUAAGCCACUCAGGAUUUCUGGAGAUCCCUUUAAAGUUCAGCAAGCCAAAGAGAUGGUGAUGGAGCUGAUCAGAGACCAGGGCUUCAGAGAGCAGAGAGGUGAAUAUGGAUCCAGGAUGGGCGGAGGAGACGGUCUGGAUGUGCCGGUGCCACGCUUUGCAGUGGGGAUUGUGAUUGGCAGGAAUGGUGAAAUGAUCAAAAAGAUUCAGAACGACACUGGUGUUCGGAUUCAGUUCAAACCAGACGAUGGCAGCACACCAGAAAGGAUAGCUCAGAUCAUGGGCCCACCUGACCGGGCACAGCACGCAGCUGAGAUCAUCUCUGACCUGCUGCGGAGUGUUCAAGCUGGAGGUCCUCCAGGACAUGGGGGCGGCGGUGGCGGCGGCGGCAGAGGCCGGGGCCGUGGCCAAGGCAACUGGAACAUGGGUCCCCCGGGAGGCCUGCAGGAGUUUUCCUUCACAGUCCCCACCAUGAAGACAGGCCUCAUUAUUGGCAAAGGGGGUGAGACAAUUAAGGGCAUCAGUCAGCAGUCUGGUGCCAGGAUAGAGCUGCAAAGGAAUCCUCCUCCCAACGCAGACCCCAACAUAAAGAUGUUCACCGUUCGUGGAACGCCACAACAGAUCGACUACGCCAGACAGCUGGUCGAGGAGAAGAUUGGAGGUCCAGUCAACCCUAUGGGUGGACCUCAUGGCCCACCUGGCCCCCAUGGAGGCCCUUCACCCCAUGGCCCUCCUGGUCCACCAGGGCCUCCUGCCCCUAUGGGACCCUACAAUCCUGGACCCUACAACCAGGGACCUCCUGGACCACAUGGUCCUCCUGGGCCUUACCAACCUCAGGGCUGGGGCAACGGGUACCCUCACUGGCAGCAAGGUCAGCCAGAUCCCAAUAAAGCAGCAGCUGAUGCUAAUGCGGCAGCGUGGGCAGCCUAUUACGCUCAAUAUCAACAACAGCCACAGGCCCCCAUGACACCAACAAAUGCCGCUCCAGGCACCACACAGACCAACGGACAAGGUGACCCGCAGGCUCCAGGUCAGACUGGACAGGCAGAUUACACCAAGGCCUGGGAGGAAUAUUACAAGAAAUUGGGUCAACAAGGACAGCAGCCGCAGGACUACACCAAGGCAUGGGAGGAGUACUACAAGAAACAAGGUCAAGCUGCCCCACAGGCGGCCGCAGCAGGCGCCUCUCAGCCCGGAGGCCAGCCGGACUACAGCGCGGCCUGGGCAGAAUAUUAUCGCCAGCAGGCGGCUUACUACGGCCAGAGUGGCUCUCAGCCCAUGGGAGCAGCACCGCAGGCCCAGCAGGGCCAGUAAUGCGAAGUGGACAUAAAGUAAAUGCUACAUUGUCGAAAAAAUCCUUUAUUAAAUGUUUGGAUGCAGACGCCUUGAUGAAGAUCUUAAUUUCCUUGGUUUGUGUUUAAACUAGAUUGCAAACAAAAAAAAAAGUGGUUCCGGAUUCCAAGAUAUAUUUUUUUGUUUUUUUCCAUUUUGUUUUCCUCUCUUGUACAAAUGAACGGUUUGUUUUUAGUGGGGUAAUAUUGGUCAUUCCAGCUCCUGUAUCUCAUUAUGUAGUUACAGCUCAUGUCUAUAAAUGAUAGUCCUUUUUCCAUGUAAAUCAUCUCAGUUUUAAAAUGAAAUGCCUGUUGUGUUUUUGCAAUAAAACAAAAUGAAACCUCCUGUGUUGGUAAGUGGGGCAGCAAAAGUGGGGCAGAACUUGUGUAAGAGUUAUUUUUUUUAUUUUUUCUUGUUUUUUUUUUUUCAAAUAUUACACUUUUGUUUUGUGGGGUGGGUGGAAAGGGGUUCAACACUUGGAGUUUAGACCAUCUCCCUCUCUCUGUCCAAAUUUACAGACUGAAAAUGACACUUGUGUCUUUGUUUCUCUCCAGCUGUUUAAACAGCUCUUGGGUUUUUUUUGUUUUUUUGUUUUUUUUUUAAUUUCGAUUCCUGGUCUUGUUUUAGAUCUGGCAGAAACAAUCUUUUGACAUUUUGCUUGCUUGCUGAACGGAUCUAGUCCUGUUUUUAUACUGCAUUAUUUAAUUUUUACUGGCAAUUGCUGUGGUCGUAGAAUAGACAGGUGUAUCUGAGGGAAGGUAACUUGCUGUUGGCGAGGUAUGUGACUCAUUCGCAAUGACUCCUUGCUCAGUGCUAAGGUGAUGUUAUUUGUAUUGUAUUGUUUCCAAGUGUACUGACUUCAGGUAGCGUGCACUGUUUAUAAUGUGAGAAACUUUCCCCCUCACAGGCGAGUUUAGGACAGCGGUAAGCAAGUACGUCUUUUUUUUUUUUUAAUUUUUUUUUACUAAAAACCAACAAAAGAAAAUGUUCCUUUAUAAUGUGACUGCAGAAAUGUUGCAAGCUUUUUAGUUGCUCUCUCUUUCUCAGUAUGCUCUUGUUUUUUUACAGGGCAGGUGAAAUGUGCUCAAUUAACAAUUAUGUAUUAUAAAAUUGUCCCCACCUCCUUUCCCCAACUUUUAAAUGUCAUAAUAUACAAUUUUUUAAGAAAAAUGCAUAUAAAUAUCUGCUGGCAUUUCUUAAUCUCUUGCGAUUAAAAAGCUCAAAUGCGAAGGUGCCCUUUUUUUUUGCUCUGCCCGUGUUGGCGUCCCUCCAGCAUAGGCCUGUAAGUGGCUUUAUAGGGCUGAGGAGUCUGUGCUGUACCACACCAGUGACAUGAGCCCUCCGCUGUAAGUACAAAAACAAUGGCCCCGUGCUGUCAAUGCAUUAUCCUUGACGAACUUGAUAUUCUUAUGUAGUGCAUAAGACUGAAAUGUUUAUCCUGAAACUGCCUUUUUGUUGUUUUUGGGGUAAGUAUGUCUGGGCUGCAAUUCAAUUUGACAUGCAAAUUGUUGAUGUCUCAAUGUUGAGCCUUUGACCUUACCCUGUUCAUGAAUCGGACUGUCACUUUUGCCUGUGUUGGUAGAAUGACACCUAGCAAUAUGUCCACUGUUUUAGUCCCUGUAGGAUUUGCCAACCACUGCUUAACUCACUGAACUGUGAACUUUUUAUAAGUCAGGGCAGCACAUGCAAUUCAGCUGUUGUCUUUUUUUUUUGUGAAACUUGCAUUAGAACAUUUCAGAUCAGUCCUUAAAAGUGCCAUUAGACACUGUUGUUUUGCCAAGUUUUUAAUCCAUUGCAUUCUAAUGUGAACCUUACCUUACCAAGCCAGUGCUUAUUUAGGCAGUUCACUUGCAAAAUGUAUUGUUCAGAUGUUGGCUGACUUGCUUAGUACCAUUUUCCAGGCUGUCAUAGAUUUAUUUUUUGCCUUUUGAAUCGUUUUGCCAUUGCUUAAAGACUUUUCGAAGGCUGUCAAAUCGAUGCAAAUGAUUCAUUUGACGAUGUUGAUUGGCACAAAUGAGCAGUGCACUGUCUGAUUUUGCAGCGUCAUCCCACACCUUAGGUUCUGCUGCAAUAACACAGGUAAGCUUAACCUAAGAAACCAAGUGUUUUGAACCUGUGAAUCAGUCUUGAUUUGUAUUUUGCCUGACUUUUCCACUGAACCCGACAUUGGUGCAUUUUUGUCAGAAUUUCUAGGCACAUGUCUUUAUGAAAUGUUGACAUUAGUAUUGAAAGCCAUAGCCCUUUACAGUGAGUCGUAGGAUGUUCUGUAUUUGAAUGAUGUGCAUGUCACUGGCUGACGUGCAGCUUAAUGUGAUAUUUUUUCAUUUUUCUUCCAUAAAUGCAAAGCAUCUAGCAUUUUUACAUGAUUUGAAAUGCCGUUCUUGUUCAUUCGAUGCCAAUAUGUCCAAUGCUUAUUCAUUCUGAUGUUAGUCUGUUGGUUAAACCUGUUUUAGGGUGGCUCAAUGUCACUGUAGAUCAUUUUCCCUGCCUUACCAAUGCUGCAUGCAGUUGGAAUAUAUAUAUAUAUAUAUUUUUUUUAACCAGGGAUCUGUCUUAGCAGCUAUUUCACUGAUACUGAAGUGUACACAUGUAUGUAUGCUCUCAUGUCACUGGUUUAAACCCUGUGCUGUUGCUAUUGCCCUUCUGUAGUGCUAAUACAAAUUGCUGCCUUCAUUCUCACUCACAGUGUUGAAGAUGCUGCAGGCAUAGGUCGUAGAAUCAGGUCCUGAGCUAGGUUUGUCCCUAAGGAGGAGUCUGAGUCUGUCCCUCCGCUGAACAUAGACCGUUCGAGGGCUCCAGUUAUAAGGUAAAGAAAAUGUAUCCUGAGGAAAUCUGUGAUCUUGCAAAGUGAAUGUUAUUCGUUCAGGGCAAUUGUUUUGAUGCUAUUCUGAUGAGCUAGCUUUGUCUUAAGAUGAGUAACAACAUGCUUUUUGAAUUGUCGGUUGAUGAAUGGCCUGUUUGAUGAACUAUGAUGAUUUCGUAUAUGCUUUGCCAUUUGCUGAUGUGAGUCAGGAAUCAAUGCUAGAUGGAUGGAUCAUGACCAGGAACUUUUUUUUUUGUUUUGUUUUGCGUAGCAAAUUUUCAGGCUUCGAUUGCUUUUUGGCAGUUAAUUGGAGAGUUUCUUUGAAUUUUGCUGUCCGUUGCUGCAUAUGUUUUGGUAUGCAUGCAAUAUGCUCUUUCCUUCUGAGCAAACUGUUCACAACAGAAUUCGUGGGGGUGUAGAAAAGAAGACAUAAUCGGAGGCUAUCUGAGAAAUGGGGAGCAUGCCUUAGAGGUAAACACAAUUAGUUUCAUGUACUGUUGAAACACUCGAAUGUACAUUUUUGUUUUUGUUGAAUUUGCUGAAUAUUGUUGGUUUUUUGAGUGAGCGUUGUUGACAUGUCCAUCAAUAAAAUUGUAAUGAUUGGAAGUCUGGCCUCAAA